AUAGUGCCUCAAUUAAUUCCUAAUUAAAUUUCUGGUAAUUUUCAUUAGCAAACAACGUGUGCAACCAACAAAUACACAUUACACUAAUUGACAUUGGCUUUGUUUACACCCAAAUUAAUUAAAAUUGAGGUCUUUAAAUUACAAGGAUUGAACAAGUGACUCGAAAAUGUAUAAUUUUACCCUCAAAAGAUAGAAAAGGCGGCCCUGUGUAGAUUCAUCAUUCGAUAGACGCAAUCAAACGAUUAGUGAGCAAACAGCAAUAACGUGAAAUUGGGUUAAACAAGUGAACAAAUUCGAUCAAGUUUACCGCAUUUCAAAUCGGACAUUUGUUAGGUACUCUUGGACAUUUCACGUACCUACAGUUAGCCAUAUGAUGGUGCAGACCUAAUUAUGGUGUAUCCUCAAAAACUGUUCGGUAUGAAUCCAAGGAAAGCGUCGACGGAAACGUUCCGGAAGCAAAAUUAUUGGAUGACAAACCCCCAACGGGAGCACGCACCAUGGUAUAUCUGGGAUUCCAAACAGACGGUAGCCAGAAGUAGGAGUGAGGAAAGACCCCCUCGCCAUGAGGUAUACGAUAUGAAGUCCUUUGGGAACGAUGUCCGGGAGUACCUUCUGACGUCGACGUUGCAUGGUCUUCGCUAUAUUGGAGAGAAAAAGUUAACGUGGUUUGAAAGGAUUUUUUGGCUGGUCGCUUUCGGAUUCUCACUGGUCUGCGCAGCCUUCUUCAUUCUGAAUGUAUACGCAAAAUGGCGUCUGUCACCAAUGAUCGUGAGCAUCAACCCUCAGAACAUGCCCUUGGAAGAAUUGCCCUUUCCCGCCCUCACCAUUUGUAACGUAAACCAAGCAAAGAAGUCCGUCGCAGAACGUUACUUGAAAUCUGGCGAUCAUGUGGACAAGAAGCUGCUGCAAAGUUUGUGCGUGCCGCAAAAUGACGCCGACAUAUUCGAGGACGAAAUCGCUGAGAGCGCUGAUUGGGAUCACACCAGAUCAUUUCUAAUUAAUGUAACCCAGCCGUGUACGGAGAUGAUUCCGCUAUGCAAGUGGAACUCCGAAGUGAAGAGCUGCCAGGACCUGUUCAACGCUCAGCUGACGGACGAGGGCCUCUGCUGCACCUUUAACGUCGUGCACCGGGACAAAAUGUUCCGAAACCCGAAGUCCCUAAACGACCUGAACCUGACAUUUCCAUUGCCAGCGGUAGACUGGACUCCCGAAGAUGGCUACCCACCAGAUGCGCCUCAAAACGGGUUUCCUUGGAGGCCCAAAGGUGUCGGAACCAAUCAUGGCCUUUCUUUAGUGUUGGAUGCUAAUAUUGAAGAAUAUUAUUGUUCAUCAACCAAGAGCACUGGAUUCAAGAUACUUCUCCACAACCCAACGGAGACGCCCAAAAUGGCAAACCUGGGCGAGAUCUACGGCAGCGGCAUUGAGGCGCGGGUGACCAUACAGCCGCGAAUCCUGGACGCGCAGCCAGCUCUCAAGUCCAUUGAUGUGUCGAAGAGGCUCUGUCUGUUCUCUAGCGAAAAGGACUUAGUAUUUUAUAGGACUUACACUUUGAAGAACUGCGAGAUGGAGUGCGAAGCCAAAGGAAUGUUGGAUUUGUGCGACUGUGUUUUCUAUUAUAUGCCGAAGAACAAAACAACUCGGGUUUGCGGCAAGGCGGACGCAAAAUGUUACAGUAACACAUCCAUAAUAGCUCCUAAAAGGAAGGAAUGCGACGAAUGCCUGCCCGCUUGCACAGAAAUCGCGUUCUUUGAGCGCAUGAGCACGGCUCCGCUUAACAGCGCGGGAGUGAAGGCGCUGGCCAAGCUGGUCGCCAAGCCUGUGGACUACUUCACGAAAAAUAUGCUGGUGGUACAUUUUUACUUCGAGGAUGACACGUUCAUAAGAUUGACCAAAGGGGAGAUAUUUGGCCUCACUGAAUUUCUUUCCAACACCGGCGGGCUGCUGGGGCUGUGCAUGGGGUUCAGCAUGAUGAGCGCGGUGGAGCUGGUGUACUUCGUGACGCUGCGCGCGCUCUGCAUAGCGAGGGAGCGUCGCCCUGCGCAGCCCUUCACUAAAUAAAUUGUUGCUAAAUUCAUUGCUUAAUUUUAUCAUCAUCACGGAAGUUUGCGUUCCUUCCGUGAUGAUGACAAAAUUACUAGAAAAUUAUAAAAUAUACCAUCUGAGUAAUCGCAAACGUUCAGAGUGUAUACUUUUCUUUGAGGAUCAUUGUACAUUGGAAAUAUGGAAUUAUAAUAAAAGAACAUAUAUAUUAAAUAAAAAAAUCCUUAU